AUGCUGAGUGAGAUAGCGUUGGAAGCUCGGACGUUGGCGAAGGUGGCGCGUGUGGGUACGCAUUCGCACAUCCGUGGGAUCGACGACUUGGUGGGACAAAGGAAGGCUCGACGAGCGGCGUCAGUGGUGGCGAAGAUGAUAGAGGAGGGCCGGCUAGCAGGUCGUGUGGUGUUAUUGAGUGGACGGCCGGGUACGGGGAAGACGGCAUUGGCGUUGGGUAUGGCUCGUGAGUUGGGUGGUAGUUCGAUUGCUGGGGGUGAAGUGCCGUUUGUGCACAUGACGGCAUCGGAAGUAUUUUCUUUGGACAUCAGCAAGACGGAGGUUCUAACCCAGGGUUUGCGUAAAGCGAUAGGUGUACGUGUGCGGGAGACAACGGAGGUGUUGGAUGGGGAGGUGGUUGAGUUGAGUAUCGAGACGCCUUCGGGUCCGACACAGUCUCGUCGCGGUACGAUGACAUUGAAGACGACUGACAUGGAGAGCCUUUAUAAUUUGGGUCCUAAGAUGAUUGCAUCAUUAGAGCAGCAAAAGGUGACGGCAGGAGAUGUGAUUUCGGUUAACAAGAGUACCGGUCGUGUUACGAAGGUCGGACGUUCUUUUAUGCGAAGUACAGAGUACGAUGCGGUGUGUCAUAACCUUGCCUACGUUCAUUGUCCUGAAGGCGAGAUACAAAAAACCAAGGAGGUAGUGCACUCCGUUACACUACACGAAAUUGACGUCAUCAAUAGCCGUACACAAGGCUUCCUAGCCCUCUUUGCCGGUGACACGGGGGAGAUCAAACAAGAAGUGCGUCAUCAAGUGGAUAGUAAAGUGGCCGAAUGGCGUGAAGAACAAAAGGCCGAGAUAGUCAGCGGUGUUCUCUUCAUUGAUGAAAGUCAUUUACUAGAUCUCGAGUGCUACUCAUAUCUAAAUCGCGCCUUAGAACUUGAAAAUGCCCCACUAGUUAUACUAGCCACAAAUCGAGGUGUAACCAAAAUUAGAGGUACUGAAGACGAACAAGGUCCUCAUGGUAUACCUAUUGACUUCCUAGAUCGCACACUCAUUAUACCCACCGACCCUUACACACCCGAAGAAAUAAAAUGCAUAAUACAACUUAGACUCACUGAAGAAGAAAUAAUCAUGGAACCUGAUGCUCUUCAAUUACUUGUAACCAUAGCUACAGAUACAUCUCUUCGAUAUGCAUUACAUCUCGUCUCAAUUGCUGGCGUAUAUACAAGAAAAUUAAAGUCAACCAAAAUUACAAUCCAACAUGUUCAACAUGUUUACAACUUAUUUAUUGAUAUAAAACGAAGUACUCAUUACCUACAACAAUACGAAAAUCAAUUCCUAUAA